AUGAAUUAAUAAAGCCUAAUAAAUAAAUGUUCAUUAAUUGACUCUGAUUCAUAUAAUAAUAAAAAAUAUCUUAAUUAAAUGAAAAGAUUUAUGAUCUUAAAAAAUUUUAUGAUAAUUAAGAUCAUUAAUAAAAAUUUUUUGUUGAAAUCGAUUUAUAUAGAUUGGAAUCAUAAAAAAAGAUCUAAAAGAUUCUACUCUACACUUAUCUAUAUUCUAGAAAAAUAAAUCUAUAGAGAAAUUAUGUUAAAUAAUCUUUAAAGUAUUUAAAUUGUUAUUUCUACUAUAGCAAGUUGUGCUUCAUCCUUGAUUGAAUAAUAUAUGGAAGAUAAAUAUGUGUCCUUGUGUAUUAUUGUUGAAGCUCGUAUUUGUUUUGAAUCUUCAACAUUAAUACAACUCUCUAAGCAUAAAAUCAACAAAUUAGUACUCAUUGGAGAUCAUUGCCAACAAUGA